AUGACGUCAGAAGCUCUGGGCGACGAAGCGAAGCCGAACGCUUCAAACAUUUCUCAGCACACCCCUCCAAAGUCGUUGGAUGCCACAAAAACCAUUUUUGAUGAUGAUGGGACAUCGCAUUCUUCUAAGGCUCUACGUUCCAACGAUGCCGGGAUAAGGUAUAUUGUUUUUGUUGGUAAUAUGUCGUACGAUGUCACAGCGGAUGAUUUGGCGAAGCACAUGAGCGAUACCUGCGGCGAAAUGCCAAGAGUACGACUGCUCACCAAGAAGGGGGAUCCAUCUGCGCUGGAAAAAUUAUCCAACUCAAAAAAAAAGUCUAUCGCCAAGGGCAAGGCACAGGAUCCAUCUGCACCUGUGUCCAAGGGUUGUGCGUUUGUUGAAUUUUCAAAUGCGGCUUCUUUGCAAAAGGCACUUCGUUUUCAUCAUACCAUAUUCCGGGGGCGGCAAAUCAACGUCGAACUCACCGCUGGCGGUGGUGGUAAGAGCGAGCGCCGCAAAGAAAAAAUCAAAGCCAAGAACGCUGACUUGGAUAAGGAGCGACGGAAGAUAUUCGAGAAGUAUGUGAAACCAGAAGCCGAAGCGCACAAAAGAAAGCAGAGCGAACGCUCUGAACAAGCGCCUGAUCAAUCCAAGCCCGAUAGAACGACGCGCCCGGCGAAGCAGCCCAAAUUUGCUAGUGGCGCGAACGCAGUUCGGUUGGGCUAA